AUGGUUUCUGGAAAACUGAUCAAGCUCGUGGUUUUUGAGCUUUUCGAGUUUGCUGCUUUCUCCAUUCCCACGCUUGUGAUUGUGGAACAGUUUGCCACCACCUAUCAAACAACGACGGGGAGCCCUGAGAAAACACAUUAUUGGCUGAUUGUUUCCUGUUCGAUUGCCUAUGUGGCUUCAGUGACUCUGCUGAUUUGGGUUCCCAUAAAAGUUCUCUUAUACAGGAAGCAUGCCUUUUCCAAAAAAAUUAAAGGAUGGAGACCUGUUAUGAUGAUGUGUGUUAUACUCACCACACUUCCCAGCUUCAGCUUUUCUAUCGCAAGGACUGAGGUUCAAAAGAAUAUUCAUGGUUCUGCGGAUACCUUACCUGAUACCUUACCUGAUCUGUCAGUUUCUCUGGUUCUGACUUCCUUGAUUGUGGUGGAUAUUAUUGAAAAACUCAGGAUAUAUUCUCUUAGAAGGUGGCAAAAUUGUAAUGAAGUUAGAGAUGUCUAUACAACCACUUUGCACCAAGUAAAGACCGUGAUGGACCAAGUGAAGCAAAAGGAAGAAAAUACUUCGUCUCCGCAGCCAGCCAGGAGGACCGAGGCAUCACAGCCAUGGGGACAAAGCACACAGAGCCCCGCUCCAGCGCUGGGAGAACCCCAGGAGCCCUCCUUCCACUCGGGAAUCCUGGGAACCAUGUCCCAUCAGGACUAUCGUGCCCAGAUCAUCCUGUGGAGCUUUCUGCUGUGGUCUGACACCAUAGAAAUGGUGCGCGUGGCUGGCCACCCUGCUGUGUAUAAGUCAGGCUGGCUGUACCCAGUCUACAUAUUCAGUUUUAUUUCUCUCCUUCGGAUGAUAUUAACUCCUCAGAACCCUCUUCAGAAUUCCCUGGGCGUCUUUCUCCAAGACUUACCCUUUAUUUUUAUUAGACUUAGUUUAAUCAUUGCCCUGGGAACUAUCACACCCGUAUUGGGCCUUUGUAAAAACAUACUAGUGACUCUCUCUCAUGUUUACUUCAAUUACUUAUCCAAAUUCAGAGCUUUCUCUACCUUUGAUAUGUCUUCAUUUUAAAAAGAAAAUGGAAUAGGGCCACCUGGGUGGCUCAGUUGGUUAAGCAUCUGACUUCGGCUCAGGUCAUGAUCUCAAAGCUCAUGGGUUUGAGCCCCGCGUUGGGCUCUGUGAUGACAGCUCAGAGGUAUAAAUUUUUGUCCUAUGGAAAGAAAUGAGGAAUACAUUGUAGAGAAUAAACUGUUUUUAAUAAGGGUAGCUUAUCGCUUUUUGAAAAGUAUAUUCAACUGAUGUUAAAUUUAAGCAACAUUUUAUUCUUAUAAGUU